GGAGGCUCGGCGUCAGGUGAAAGUCUUUCCGGAGUUCACAGCCCGGAGGAGCUAAGAGGUUGACUCCGGGCGGCCGGACUCUGGGGUGCCAGUGGAAAGAACAGAGAGACCCCAGAACAGCACAGACAACCCACGGCAGCCUGAGGAGCCGCCAGGCCGACCAGGAUGAGGUGUUGCCGGCCCCUGCGGACAGAGGUGGGCUUGGCCAUAGCCCUGAGCAUCCUCAUCCUCUUCCUCUUCUGUCUGCACGUGUCACCACCCACCUUCCAGAGCUCGGAGGAGCUACGGGACAACCCCAAGACUCUGGCCUGGCCCACUCAGCCCUCCCGCCCACUGCCCACCCCCUGCAGGGCCAACACCUCCAUGGCUGCCCUGCCAGGCUUCUCUGGGCAGCCACAACAGGUGCGCGACUUCCUCCUGCAUAAACACUGCCGCGACUUCCAGCUGCUGCAAGAUGUUCCCCUGAACAAGUGCGCAGAGCCUGUCUUCCUGCUGCUGGUGAUCAAGUCCUCACCCAAGAAUUACGAGCGCCGGGAGCUGGUGCGGCGCACUUGGGGCAGCGAGCGCCAGGUGAAGGGUGUCCAGCUGCGCCGCCUCUUUCUGGUGGGCACAGCCCCUAACCCCAUGGAGGCCCACAAGGUCAACCGGCUGCUGGCGAUAGAGGCGCAGGCGCAUGGGGACAUCCUGCAGUGGAACUUCCAUGACUCCUUCUUCAACCUCACGCUCAAACAGGUGCUCUUCCUACAGUGGCAGGAGACUCGGUGCACCAAUGCCAGCUUCGUGCUCAAUGGGGAUGAUGACGUCUUUGCACACACAGACAACAUGGUCUCCUACCUGAAGGACCACAAUCCUGACCGCCACCUCUUUGUGGGACACCUGAUCCGCAAUGUGGGCCCCAUCCGGGUGACUUGGAGCAAGUACUAUGUGCCAAAGAUUGUGACAGAGGAGGAGCGCUACCCGCCCUACUGCGGGGGUGGUGGCUUCCUACUGUCCCGUUUCACGGCUGCUGCCCUGCGCCGGGCUGCCCCCAAACUGGACCUCUUCCCUAUCGAUGAUGUCUUCCUGGGCAUGUGCCUGAAGAAGGAAGGCCUGGAGCCUGCAUCACACGGUGGUAUCCGCACAGGUGGCAUUCGGUCUCCCUCGGGCCGCAUAUCCUCCUUUGACCCCUGCCUCUACCGGGAGCUGCUACUCGUGCACCGCUUCUUGCCAUUUGAGAUGCUACUCAUGUGGGAUGCCCUGAGCCAGCCCAAACUCAUCUGUGGCAAGCAGUCACAGAUCUACUGAGGUGGUAUCAGGACCCCUAGCCUCUAGGCCCUGACCUCUACCCCCGUAGAAAGGGGCAGCAUCAUCUUCCCCUUUCCAGAAUUGGAAAUCUUUGUUCUAAGUGGUCGGCCUAAGAGAGUGUCCCCAGGGAGGUUUGGAUGAGUGCAUAGUCUAGCUGACAAACUCCUAGACAUCUUUCCAAGCCCACCUGGUACUUGAACCCAUGUUCCAUCAUCCUCUCUAGAUUCUCAGCUGAAGGGACCUCCUCUUUCCAUGGCAGCUAACUGCAGGAGCCCUUCUGCUAGGCUUCCAGUUGUUCCGUUUGAGUCAAGGUCCCAUUUUCCAGCUCCGACUUUGAUCUUGGGUUGGAUUUUAAAGGGUGGCCAACCCCUCCUUGCUUGUAAACUACAGUGGUUUAGUGGUAGGUGAGUCCCAGCCAUGCUUCAAGGUCAGUUGGGAAUUCCUAGGUCCAUUUGCAACUGAACUGAGCAGUAUUUCUCAGCCUAGGAAAGAAGUUUUUUUCUCAACCUCUCCCUGCCAGUCUCCACACACCUCAGAUGGUAGAAGGGGCCAGAGAAGCCAUGAGUGGGACUGCCCCCUCCCUGCUCAUGGUAUCAAGUGCUCUAAAGGCAGAAGCAUUGGGCACAGAAAGGAGGCAGCUGUCUGACUCAGGCUGUGCCAGCUCAGGGUUUCUGGAGUCCCUGAUGGGGCCCAGCCCCCACAUUUGUGCUCCCCAAGAAUUCAGGUAAUGAUACUGGGGCCAGAGAGUCUUCACUGGGCCCACGGUCCGCACACAUGCUCACCCCAGUGUUCAGAGAAGAGAGAGAUUCAGAUCCUUGGGUGUCUGUGAGCUCUGAGGACCCAGGACUGGCCCCUGACCCAGUAUGUCUUUCAGACUGGGGAGACCCAAGCAAAAUGGUGACACCUUAGUUCUGCUGACUCUGGGCAGAGGUCUGGGGCCUGGGUUUACAGGCAUUCACAGGUAGGGGGAAGUCAGACAGCAGAAUGACCACUGGGGAAUGGGUACUCAGGGAAUAAAAUGUUUUGUGAAGACCUGA